CCUGUACUUGCUCUUCUGUCUCUUUAUCAUUAUCUUUCCCUUUCUAAUUCCCUUUCGAGCUCGAAGAAAAUGGAGACUAGAUCCGAUGGAUCGAAUUCAGACAAGUCGGUCCAAAUGCUGUGGAGCUUAGAGGACAGGAUUUCUGGAAAUCCUAGGUCUUAUACAUGUUCAUUUUGCAAGAAAGGCUUCUCAAACGCACAAGCGCUAGGAGGUCAUAUGAACAUCCAUAGAAAAGACAGGGCCAAGCUUAGAGUACAAUCUUCGGAUGAAACCAUGCUUUCCUUGGACGUUGGGAUGGGGAAUCAAAUUGAUCAUUCCCAGGUUUUUGAAGACAAGGAUGUAACUUAUUUAUUGGAAUCCAUUACAAAAGGGAAGAGCUCGAGUUCUAGUACUACUCCUCAACGGUCAUGCAGUACUCUUUCUAGUUGCAAAGAAGAUCAGGACACUAGUAUUUUGCCUAGUCAAGCUGCUAUGGGGGAGGUUGAUCAUCAGCAGCGACCUUUGUUUCUAGAUGCAACAUCCACAGACGAUGAUGGCAAGACAAGCAAUGAUGGUCGUAACGACCGGAUGGGUUUGGACCUUGAGCUUCGGUUAGGGCUUGAACCUCAUCAGGAGACAACAACAACAAAGAGUACAAUAGAGUUCUUUUGAGUUAAUUUACCCAUUUGAAGCCUUCGUGGAAGCUAAAUAAAAGGUUUUCCUCUAUUCUCUUUCCCUUCUUUCAUUUUCCUUAUGAUAGGGUUACAUAAAAAGUUCAACAAAAGACAUAAUUAUCAGAAUGAUCUAUAUAUAUUUUUUCUGGUACCUCCAAUUUUUUCUAUCAUAUACCAAUCAAUGGAAUUUCUGGAA